CUUUUACCUGUAAUUGCAGCACUGACUAACGGCUCUAAAAUAUGAUCAACUGAAACGGUAUUCAGUAAACGUUUAGUCAACUGUCUGAUAUAUAAAAAAUGAGUCUUUUAAAGUCGGUCGAAGAUGCCAGCACAACAGUGUUACGUGCUCUACUAUCACAGUACAAAAGAAAUCCCAAACAAAUCGAUCUCGAGGAAGCCGAUAUCUACGGCAAUACGCCACUUUUGAAGGCCUGCUAUUUGGGACGGCGUAAGCAUGUCGAAUUGCUACUACACGUCGGUGCCAAUUUGAAUGCAAUUAACUACUUAGGUCAGAAUGCCUUAACACUGGCGACUUAUUGCGGCAGUUUAGAUGUUGUGCGUUUGCUACUCAGAUUUCGUUCCUAUACAGAUUUCAAUAAGUCAUCCAUUGUACCAGCUCUAUGUGUGGCCUGUUUGCGUCAAAAUAAAACUCUCAUCAAUUAUUUCAAACGUUUUCCAAGCUCCGAGGAGGAACUGAAGACCGCACAUGGUAGGCAUGACACCAGCUCAGAUUAGUGAAUGCGCACAGAUUUGUACGAAAGUUUAUAGUGGGCAAAGGGGUCAAGGUCCAUCUGGCAGUGGUGCAGCUUAUAAGAUGCGUUAAUUUGUUGGUGCUCGAAGAAACCGAUGAAUUUUUCAAUAUAUAACGAAAUAUCUUUAAUCUUUUUUAAAUUAUAAAAUUUGAAAGUGUUUCAACUAGCCUGCACUUAAAAUUUUUAGAUUUCCUCAAUUUUAGUGUGUUUUGUUCUUCAACGUUUAGUUGUAAUUUAGGUAGGAUUUGUAUUGUGAAUUUUACUAAAUAUACUAACCAUAUUUUUUUUUAAGUAUUAUAGUUAAUAAUAAUUAAUUCUUAUGAUAUUAUUUUCAUUUAAAAAUUAUCAAAUUUCUGUUACGUAUCAAGCAUUUUUUAAACUAUGUUUUGUAAAUUUAAUUUAAUUUAGUUUAUAUACAAUUUUUUUCUUUAAUAUAAUUGAAAAGUUAAAUUUAAAUGAAAAGUU